AUGUCUCUCCUAAUAGGAGUCAGUGGAGCUUCGAGUUCUGGGAAAACUACGGUGGCUAAGACUCUACGUGAUCUGUUCCCGAACUCUGUACUACUACACGAAGAUGACUUCUACUAUCCAGAUGAGCAAAUUCCAUUCAAUGAGGAAUUGCAAGAGUAUGACUGGGACUGUCCGGAGGCAGUCGAUUUUGAAAAACUGAAAGAUACAUUGAGGAAUUUCAAGCGAGACUCAAACUUUCAAUUCAGCGAGUCGUCCAAAGAAUCUCUCGACGUUUUCAUAAGGCUCAGUCCCCAAAUUGAGCAAAAGAUCAAAGAAACAGUUGGACCCUUGAGCCUACCCCGGAUAGUAUUUGUAGAUGGAUUUCUGUUAUAUCAUGAUAAGGAGAUUCUCGACCUUCUAGAUGUUUGUCUAUUCUACAAAACAGACUACAAUACUCUCAAAAAUAGACGUCAAAGCAGACAAUACACUAUAGACAAUGGUAUAUGGACAGACCCUCCUGGGAUAACACUGCCAAGAUCGCUGAGCCUCGAAUUGUUGCUUUCGACAACGACAACAGCACAAAUUUCGAUCAAUUGA